UUAACAGGCUUUAUAUUUGUUGCAGAGUGAGAUGGUUGUUUAUCCCGAAUCUUUUAGAUUUGCGCAACAUUAAAUUAUUUCUGUACCAUGAAGUGAAAGUUGCCGUUCAAUGUCUGUGUUGGUACUACUCUGUAUUAAGUGUAUUAUCAGUGUCUGGUUGGAGAUAGAGAAAUAUUGAGUACCUGAUUAGUAACUAGAAAGCUUAUAAGGAAAGAGAUAUUUAUAAUAUAAGGGCCGGAGAUCUCCAUAAAGUUUCCUUGUACUGCAUGGUAAAGAACAAAAGAACAAUACUGGAGUAAACGAGUGUGUGUACAUGUAUGCUGUGAAUUAGGGAAGCUUGUUUUAGUAUCCCUGGUACAUGCCGGCUGUGACAGUGGUGAGAUAAGAACUGUAGCCCUCCAGGCAGGGCACCUGUCAUCAGAGUGUGACUCGGACUGAUUGAUGGCCUGACGACAGUACAGGACAACAGACCAAGUGCUCACUGCUCAACUCGUGCAGGCCAGAUUCUUUCACUGAGGAGCUAGUUAUUGGAUUAUUGAUAGUUAUCAAACAAAACAUAAUUUUCUGGGUAGAGGAUUCACCCAGGUAUGUGGCUGUGUUUGCUGAGUAAAUAGCUGUGUGGAUAGGGCUCUGACAGCUAGGCCUGUUUUCUGUGUCUUCGGAGGUCUCGGAUUUUCGAAUUAUUCCUGUGGAGCAUUGGAAACUGUUACGAGAAAGGGCAUCGGGCGGGUUGGACAGGUGUGUGAUGUGUAUAAAAAGCCAGUAGCAGCCGCAUGCAGUUACAUGUCUGUCAACCAUUGGAUUAGUUAAUCCCUUCAACAAUGUCAUAAUUUAGAUGGAGUUUAUUUAUGUUUUCCUUGUGGAUUACCAAAAUGUGAUAUAAAGUCAAAAGAGCCCACUGAUUAUUGAAUUACGUGAGGAGGAUCACAGAAUAAAGGCUCCCUCGGGCCGGAGUAGCAAGAUGAAAAUGUCCUUUGAUAAUACCACUGAAGUUUUCCGAGUGGAGGAUUCCAUUCCUGUGCCCCCUUCCUCACCCACACCCUAUUCCAGACUGCAGGUCCACGACAAUCGCCUUGUCUCACAAUCCUCCACAGGCUCCUCCGAGAGCAGCCUGAGUCACAUGACAGAGGAAAAACCUGUGUUGCCAGGGGUAACAGUUCGGGCAGCCACCAAAGAGAACCUUGUCCAGCUAGUUAUACAGAGCAUAGAACCAGAUGGACGACUAGUAGGGGGAAGUGAUUUCCCCAGUGUUUUGUUCCUAAUGCACCAGUGGUUCAUGCCAUCGGAGCAGCUAGCCAAUGCUUUCAUUGACUUAUAUCAGUCGAGUGACGAGAUGAUCCUAUGUACAAAGGCGGACUGUCAGCACAUCCCGGCCAAUGAAGACUGUGAGAUGCACAAGUACAAGUGUCGUAUCUGCCACGCUGUCAGGUUUUGGAUAGACAAUUACCCCAUCCAUUUUGACUUGGAUGUAAGACUGAAGACAGUGAUAAAUAACUUCAGAUCCAUUGCUCACUCAGAAGGCAAUGAAGCAUGUAAACAGCUUCUGGACUUGUCCAAAGUUCCAACUUUUGAUUGGAUGAGGAGAAUUUCUGUCAGACCAAGCAAGCACAAUAGGAAGGUUUCCCUGGUGUUCAACCACUUGGAGCCCAUGGAAUUAGCUGAACAUUUGUCAUAUUUAGAGUACAAGGCAUUCCGCAGAAUAAAUUUCACAGACUUCAAAAACUAUGCAAUGUCCGGGUCCAUUAAGGAUAACCCCAAGUUGGAGCGGUCCAUAGCUCUAUUUAAUGGCCUCUCCCAGUGGAUCCAGUGUAUGGUGCUCAGUAAAACCACCCCCCAGCAAAGAGCAGACGUUAUUGUCAAAUUUGUUAACGUUGCCAAGAAACUUCGGUUACUGAACAACUUCAACACCUUGAUGUCUGUUGUUGGGGGAUUAACCCACAGUGCAUUGGCAAGGCUGUCCAAAACAAACCAAGAAAUCCCAAGUGAUACUCAGAAGACUUUGAUGGAGUUCACCGACCUACUGUCCUCCAAUAACAACUUCAGCAACUAUCGUAAAGUCUUCAACCAAAUCAAGCCAACCGAGUUCAAAAUCCCUAUACUAGCUGUUCAUUUGAGAGAUCUCAUCCUACUCCACACAGCCCUACCCGAUCAAGUCGAGGGGAAUUUGGUUAAUUUCCGUAAAAUGGUACAGCUCUCUCAGACUCUUAAGGAGCUCACCAAACUCCAAAUGCAUGAUGCUAUUCCAUUCUCGUUCAACCAGGAUCUUGUUAAUACACUCAGGCUAUCACUUGAUUUGCACUACACGGAGGAUGAGAUAUAUGAACUGUCCUUGGCCCGAGAACCCAGGAAUUCCUUGUCAUCAGUCAGUGAGGCACCGUCCACCCCAACCAAGCCAGCCGUGGUGUUUGCCGAGUGGCUGGCAGGAGUAAGCCCCCCUGAUCCAACCACUAUCAACAAGCAUGUCCACGAUAUGGUCGAGGCUGUGUUCAAGAAUUAUGAUCACGACAAGGAUGGAUUUAUCUCCCAUGAUGAGUUCAAGGCCAUUGCUGGGAAUUUUCCGUUCAUUGAUUCAUUCUGUGUCUUGGAUGCUGAUCAAGAUGGUAUGAUCAGCAAAGCAGAGAUGAAGACCUACUUUUUCAAGGCUAAUUGCCAUGUGUUACAGAACAGUUUUAAGCAUGAGUUCCAUGAGACCACUUACUUGAAGCCUACAUUCUGCACCCAUUGCACGGGACUGUUAUGGGGUUUAAUCAAGCAAGGUUGGAAAUGCAAAGAUUGUGGUAUUAAUGCUCAUAAACAUUGUAAAGACUUGGUUGUGAUGGAGUGUCGAAACAAACAGCAGUCGGCCGGGAACAAGAGACCUGAUGUAGUCCCAAACGGUCCAACAUCACACGAGGGUGGGACGUACACGGGGAGGAGGAAGGUAUCACAGCGGCAGAAGCGGUCCCGUGUCAGUGUGGGUACUCAGACAGAGGACUUUUAUUUCACGGACCCCCGGCGGUCGAACAUGAACGGUGAUGAGGAGUAUUACGAGGGUCAAGAAGACGUCUUCACUCGGCUGGCCCAAACUGAAGAGACCAGAGACAAGUUGAUGGCUGAGAAUGCUAAGCUAAAGGAGCAGCUAGAAGCUAGCAAUGAACAAAACACACUUCUGAGGUCUCACCUGGGCCUGAUUCGUAAAAACACCAUAGCUUUUAUCCUGGAGCAGAUGGAUGCUCUCCACAUACAGAGAGACACAGAGGUGUAGCCAGGCCGGUCCUAGCCUACACCCACCCAAAUCCCUGAUCCACCCCCUGUGUUCACACAGUGAAUCAUUAGUGAUUAUAGACAUUCCAAAGCCUGUACACUACAUCUAUUUACCAGAGAGUGUGUGGCCAAGCAGCCGCAUGGACGAUCCUGAUUUUAUGUUAUAGUGAAGCUUAUAAUUGUAAUUUUUUGUUACGUGACGAAGAGGUGUGCUCACAAAUAUGACCGUACAUUGAUGUUUAUUCUGGUCAGAACUCUAUUCCUUGGCUUAUUCAACAUUCCAGACAAAGCAAAAGAUUUUAUUGGCAAGGAGAGCUUUGACUGGAUGUAACAGAUCUGGACAUUUGAUAGCUGCAAAAACUGGGAGAAAAAGUUCUCCAUUGUUUCAAAGUGUGUUCUAAGUCAAACCAUGAUGUCUUUCAGAUGCAUUGUGAGUGUUAGGCAGAUUUCAUGUCCUGUGAUUCUAAAAUUCUUGAUAUUUUGUUCACAUUCUCCUAAUGGUAUCAGAUCUGACAAAACUGCAGCAUAUAGUGGAGGAUAGAGGAAAAGACUUGCUUGGACUGGUUCUCAGUUAUACAUCUUUAUACCCAUAAUCCUCAGGCGAUAAAUUAAGUGUUAUUUACCUCCUAAGCUACCAGUGUUGUGCCAUAAAUACAAUAUCUCUACCACCACAUUUAGUUCCCAAGUGUGGAUAGAACCCACUCAAAACUGGAGAUCUGAUAAACAGAAAGGAAAACAGACUGCAUUUUUAAUCCGUAUAUGUAUCUUAACCCUCUGGAUCUGUAUCGCCUCCUUACUUUGUGUUAUUUACCAGAGUGUGACAACCCUGGGAUCAAUUAAUAUAUUUUACUUUUUUUUUCUGUUAAUGAUAUGUUUGAAGGCCUUUAUGUACAAAAUCUUAUGAACAAUCAAUUUUUUUUUGUAUGUUUAUUUAACUUUAUUAACUUAUGAAUAGUGUUCUGCAUAGCACAUGGCACAUACUGGUAUAGACUAACUAGAUUGGCCAUGCAGGUCCAUGAUUGAUAUCCUGUUGGUCAGUUUCUGAUUUAUCAGAACAAAACAUUUAUAAUCCUAAAUUUAUUCCAGAUCAACUGUUCUUCCUUAUGUGAGGGUGUAACAGUAAUAUAUAAGGUUUUAAAGUUUACCCAGGUCGUUAAAGGUUCAUUUUUCCAGAUUUUGCCAAUUUUGGUGUUUAGUGCUUGCAUUUAUUUAAAUUACUUACCAAUGUCUUAUAUACUGAUAGAUUCAAUUCAAAGCUUAUUCUAAUUCACAAUAACUAUGUACAAGGAUAGACUUUACAAUAACUAAGGACAAAGAUAGGCUAUCAAAUCUGUUUGAUGUCUAAAUUGAAAGUAAAAGUGAAUGCCAAUCCUGUUAGUUUAUAUUUCUCUGAUGCCUAAGAUACAAGUGUAUACCUAGUAUAUCUAAAUCAAGCAUCAGACAAUAUUCCAAUGUAUAUCAAGUGACUUUUUUUAUUAUUUAUUUUAAGUGCUUGGGUUGAAUAACCCUUAAUUUUUGUUUACCAUUUACCAGGUAUACAAUCUGGGUUACCAAACUAAAUGUUUAGAACUGAAUGUUGUCACCUGACGAGCAACCAUAGUAGAUUACCGGUGUCAACUACAGAAAUUACAAUCAAAAAUCUGUUACACUGAAGUCUCUUUUUUUUCUGCCUCUCUGAUAUUUUGUUCUCAUUUUACGAUUUUGUUACUUGUUGCUGAUUUUUCUCUUUUCUUUGUUACUGUUGUUUUUUGGGAAUUUUUUCUUACUUUGAUAAUUUACAUAUUUUAACUGUAUUUAAAUCUCUGUCUCUGUAGUUUAAACUGUAUUUGGAAGACUAUUGCAGUAUUCAAUUUUUUGUUCAAACAAAUACAUGUACCUGUAUAUGUAUAAUUACAUGUACCGGUACCUAAGUACCACUUACGUACUUUUGAGGGAAAAAAAAUUCCACAAAAUCAAAUGCGCACGCGCAGAACAAAACCCAUUAUAUUAUCAAUAUCUGCUGUUCAAGAUUUCAGAGAUUAUGAAGAAAUCUGCCCACUAUUUAUUACUUGUUACUAAAGAUACAAACACUCGUAAUUUAUUCUCCAAACCACAUAAAGAAACCAUAGGACUGAUAUUUAACAAAUAGCAUUUUGCAAUGUUAAUUUAUUCCAAGCCAUGUUGGUCAAGAACUGUGGACCAUGAACCAUGAACUCGCUGUAAGCGUAUUAUACUUGGCGUGUACUAUAUUUGGUGCAAAAUUUUCAACAGGUUAGCGUGGAUAUGAUUAAGUGAAUUCCUGAAAAUACCAAUUUAUCAAUAUAUAUGUUUGACAUUUUGCGAUGGUCUUGAUUUAGUGAAAGCCACAUUCCGCCAAGAUACACAGUCAAAUGUAAUACGUUUACAGCACCGUCUUCUUAAAAUAAAAAUAUGUAAUGAAAAUGGAGCCAAAACUAAACCUAUUGCGGUGGUAUACUUGAGGUGUUUACUGUGUGUGAAAGGACAACAAAAUAUAUGUACAUAUCAUCUUGUCACAUAAAUGGCACUGUGGAUUGAGAGAAUAUGCAACAACAGAGUUAUAUUAGAACUAUUCUAAGUAUUAUGUACAUCUUAUAAAUAUACCAAUAUGGCAUUGAGGAAAUCAACCAAUAUGUAGGUUUUUCUUAAAUGAGGGAUUAUGUACAUGUGAUUUAUUAAACUUCAGUACACAGUAAUAUUUUAUAUUAAGAAAAAUAUGCGUAUACUUUUAUAAGUUGAAUUGAGCUAAUAUAUGUAGAAUGAAAAUUAACAAACAUACAAUAUUUUGCCAGAAACAUAUUUGGAAUUUUGAGAUUAAUAUUACAUGUGUAAAUGUGGUGUUUAAUUUCAUCAACCCAUAAAAAGAAUGGAGAGAAAUUUUGGGCUUAAUUGAUAAAGAUAAAACAUUUAAAAAAUCGAUUUUUUUUAAUUUGGAAAAUUAAAUUUUCUUAAGAGAAGAAGGAAGUGGACAGGCUUUGCUUUCUGUCUAUCCACUACAUGGUUGAUUUCCAACAGAGUGCAUAUACAUGUAUGUGUGUGUUCAAAUUCAAGAGAGUCACAUUCACUAGCCAAUGGUUAUUCAGAUCCACUCUACUCCUCUUGGUCAGAAAAGAUGCAAGUAUAUAGAUCCAUUCCUCCAGCGUCUAUUGUUAAGAAUGUUAGUAUACAGAGAGAAAGACAAGCGAGUGUUAAAUGUACGGCCUCUGGCCUUCAAUUUCAUUCACAUUUACUCCAGGAUACUAUUAUUUUUGUACUAUUUUUCACAGUGUAUGUGAAGCCUCAUGGGUGUUAACUGUCAUAAAACACCACCAUUUCAUUAUAUUUCUUUCAAUUGAUAUAUUUAUUCAUUUUUCACUGGUGAUCAAAACCAUGUUAAACAUUAAACAUGACAUGGAUUCUGUUUGUUGUGAGAAAAGAUCAAUUAAACAUUAAAUAUCCUUGUU